CACACGCAGCUCUCGGUGAAAUCAUAUUCUGAUCACGCACUUUCGUUAGUAAGGUUGCAGUUAACAAGAGUGUCGUAUUGUGAUAGUCAGGCUCCAUAAUAGUAAAGAAUUCCGCGCCAAGCGCAUAGCUCGUUCGUCUGUUAAACAUCCAACCGAUAAAAUGACAGAAGGAAUUUCUCAGGAAGUCUCAACAACUUACGAAAACACAUCAAGGAACGGAGCUUUUGAAUUGGAGAAUUCAACACAAAGUAGAUGCAAAAACGACAACACGAAACAGACUGAAAUAGCCGCAUCAGUCGUACUUGGGAUCUUGCUUGCUAUUGCCAUAAUGAUUAUACUUAUACAGUUAUUCAGGUUGUACAGAAUCAAUCGUAAAAUAUCUGAGUAUCAUAAAUUGAGUGAUACUGGCGCUGAAAAUCGUAAAAAAGACAUUGGAGAUGGCGAAGUUGAUAACCAAGACCAAGACGAGGUGGAAUAUGAUGAAGUGGAAUUUGAGCAAGAGAGUGAGAUGGAACCGGUGUACAACGUCGCGUCUAAACCAAAGACAAGCGAAUAAAGCGAGGGAGAAAUUCUUUACAAUGUAUUGUAGGACAAGGAUAUGCACCCCAUCCCCCCAUUUGGGGGGGGGGGUUCUUUAUAUUUGCGUUAUUAAUUUUGAUUUUAUUUACUACUCCAGCAUUACUGUAAUACUCAUAUAUACACGCAUUUUUCAUGCGCACAACGGUACUCCCGUAGUGAGUGUACCAGGUUAGGGUUAGGGCAUGAUUUUAUUCCGAUUUCUCUCUAUUUUAGUUCUAUUACAAGUUCGGGGGCCGUCUGUGUUAGCCAAGUGAAUAGGCAGUCUUUUUAUACAACCCUUUAUAAAUAAGCGAACGA